AUGACGCUCACAGAUGAGGAGUCCCAGGCCGAUUCUUGUUCAUCGGUGUCACAUAUAGAGGACGAAGAAAGCGAAGAUGAAUUGAUCAUGAAUGAUCUUGAUGCGAGUUUGGAAAAACUGGGGCGCGGGUUCCCAAAUCUCAACCUUGGAGCAAUCUGGAACGGUAACGUCGCAAGCAAUAUUGGGGAUUAUGGACAUUGGAGCCGCAAAUUUCAAAUGAAAACGUUUCUGAACGAUCUGCAUAAGGGACUCAGUUUUUCAAACGCCGUAACCAGACUUCAGGCAGUGAAAGUGCUCACAGAAGAAGUUUUUAACAACACUAUGGGAAACAGAGAUAAUGCACCGGUCCAAGACACAAGAGUAGAGCCAGAGGGACUCGUGCCGGCCGCGAAACCCAAAGAGGCUCCGCCUUACAACGAUAUGGUCAUCCCGCAGGAUAAAGACCCGCAAAUGCUUGAAGAAGACUUAUUGCAGCUCACCAAGCUACCCACAGGUCAGGGCCACAACGAGGAACUGCUUCGACACCGCAUACAGCAAAUUCAAAGCCUCGAGCUGAAUCCAUCCAAAAAAGCGCUAAUGGUGCAGCGUCUUAUGAUGGGGAAGUACGUGGAAGACUCCAGUCGGCAAAUGACACCAGAGAUAGAGUCUCAUGAUCAUGUGAAUUCAACUGAUAUCACAGAAAAUGAACGACAGGCUACGUACCACGAAAGCGGCAAUUUUGGAUGUCCGCAUUACAUGAGGAACUGCAAGCUACAGUGUCGUAUAUGUAGGCACUGGUAUACGUGCAGAUUCUGCCAUGAUGACUCGCCGGAAGUGAGAAAUUCAGCAAAUCCGCAUCUGUUGGAGCGGUCUAAAACAGAGUAUAUCAUGUGCAUGAGGUGCCAGCACGUUCAAGAGCCCAACAAAUAUUGCCAAAAUUGCGACGAGGAGAUGGCCCUGUACUACUGUGAUGUGUGCAAGCUAUUUGACAAUGAUGAGACCAAAGAUAUCUACCACUGCGAUAAGUGUGGCAUUUGCAGGUUGGGAUUGGGUCUCGGUAUUGAUUAUUUCCAUUGCGACGGGUGUCAGGCUUGCUUAUCGAUAGAGUUACAGGGAAACCAUAAAUGCAUCGAGCGGGCCACGAUGUCUAGCUGCCCGAUAUGCGGCGACUUCAUGUUUACGUCAACGAAGCCAGUGGUGUACAUGUCACCUUGUGGGCAUGCUAUACAUCAGCACUGUUUCGACGAGUACACAAAUCAUUCUUACAAGUGUCCUACUUGCCAGGUAUCUAUUUUGAACAUGGAUGCCCAGUUUCGUGUUUUGGACAAGGAAAUCGAGGAACAGCCACUGCCUUCACCUUAUUGCGAUUGGAUAUGUUACGUGUCCUGCAACGAUUGCAAGGCUAAAAGCACUUGCAAAUACCAUAUUCUUGGAUUGCGCUGCGACAACUGCAUGAGCUAUAAUACCACACAAAUUAGGUUGGUCAAACCUGAAGAAGAGGAGGAGCAACGGCCAGAAAGUGAGGAUCAGGAGCAUGGGCAUGACAACGGUAUUGACGAUUUUGCAAACGAUAGAGCGCUGCGAAACCUCAAUAUGAUGCGUCAAGAGCUUUUGAGCGGCCAUUUUCAACGAGAACAGGUAUCGCCUUUGAUUACGGUCGACAACAACGGUGUACUUUCAAAUAUAGAAGAGUACAUGAACGAGUGCUUUCAUGAUUUACCAGAAGACUCCGCUCGAACAGGUCGUCGAGGCUCAGGUCAGUACGGGUCGCAAAACGUGUUCAACGCUGCUGGGUUGUUUCAAUCCAGCGCUACACUUGGCGAAUUGAUUUCCGAGCAUGCGGAAAAGAAUAAGUCUACUAGUGAGUCAGAAGCGGCUGAAAGUAAACACAUGCUGCGAGCAUCGUCAUUCACAGAUCGUCUGCGGCAAUUUCUCAAUGAUGCACCGCCCCAACUGUCAAUAUCAGAUGCCUUUCAAAGAUUCAUUCAAACUAGUCAUCAAGGUCUUUCUUCGGGAGACGAAGAUGACGAUACUCCAGUCACAACAGAAAAUUCAUAG